AUGGCGGCGGCGGCGGCCGUGCUGGGCCGGGCCGCGGGCCUGGGCCUGGGCCUGGCCCUGGGGCUGCUCACGGCCGCGGGCGGGCGGCGGCUCCUCCGCUGCGGGACGGGAGCGGCGCUGCGGGAGCGGGGCACGGGCGCCCUGCUCGGCGGCGCCGCUGUGUGCGGGGCGGGCGGCGCGGCGGAGCGGUGCCUGUCUCGGGGGAUCAGCUCGUACCAGCGCCCGAAGCGGCCCCUCACCUCCUACCUUCGUUUCGUGAUGGACAACCGGGCGGCUUUUAGGGAAAAAAACCCAGGAGCGAGCAACUUGGAACUGAUUAGAAAAUUAGCAGGUGCAUGGAAGGAGUUACCAGCAUCACAGAAGCAGGUUUAUGAGGAAGCAAAUAAGACAGACUGGAAAAGAUACGGAGAGCAGAUGGCUGCUUAUAAAGCCCAACUGACUCCAGCCCAGGCUGCAGCUUUGAAAGAGGAAAGGAGAAAACAACGGGCAAAGAGAAGAUCAAUGAGGGCAAAACGAGAAUUGAAUCUGCUUGGAAAACCUAAAAGAGCUCGUACCGCCUUUAACAUUUUCCUGUCAGAAAAUUAUCAACAAAGUGAGGGAAGUUCACCUGUGGCAAAGAUGAAGAAACUGUUUGAUAGGUGGCAAAAGCUGUCUGCUUCCCAAAAGCAGCCAUACUUGCAGCUUGCUGAAGAUGAUAAGGUUCGGUAUGAGAAUGAAAUGAAAUCCUGGGAAGCAAAAAUGAUCCAGAUGGGACGUGAAGACCUGGUGCGUUCCAACAAGAAAAGGCUAAAAAAGAAAUCUGCUGAAACUGCAAAGAAAGUUGAAACAGCCAAAGGUUCCUCAGGUGGAAACAAGGCAAAAUUAAAAAAAUCUGAAGAAUAAAAAAUGCCCUUUGGUUACCCUUCUUCUGUCCUGCUGUGUUAAUGCUGCAGUCAGCAUUAGCACUGAAAUUUGGAAAGCCCAUGAAGGGCCCUUUGGAAAGGUGAUCAGGUAAGAGAGGAGUUACUGUCUCUCAGAAGUGACUGAAAUAAUCACUGCAGCUGUAGCCUGAACUGUAGAACAGUAGUCUGUUAAUCAAGCUGUGAAUACUGAUUCCCACUGAGAUCAGCAGAGCUCUCCAGUAAUGGUAGAUAAUACCCAGCUUUUAUACGGGAUUUUUUAAUGAAAAAAUAAAAAAUAUUCUUUCUUUAUGAGAGAAAGAAUAUCCUGCAAUGUUACCAUCUAAAUUAUGUAAAUAAGAGCUGAAAUCUGAGCUAACACUGCUGUGUUUUAUUCCCUCCAUGUUAUUGCUAGUGAGAUGUUCUACAUUUCAAAAACAGGCACAAGAAAUGUAAAACGCUAAAUUUUAUGCAUCCGUCUUUUUGUACCUGUUAAUCUGUGUAUGCCACUUACAUUGCAUUUGAAGACCAUAUGAGUUUUGUAUGAACGUACCUUAAUUGGACUUUUAUUUCGUGGUUUUGUUUGGAUACAUACAAACAUUUUUGUCUUGCUGUUGGCACAUUUGGGAUGACCUGGAAGGAAAAGAUAAAAUGUGAACGGUUUGGACUUUGAGUUUCGGUGUAAUAAAUACACGUAUUUUGAA